GGAAUGGAGCUCAGUUAUGCUUUGAUAGCCGUACGGAAACGUUGUGUCUCGAGUUGAAUCGCUUCUUCGACUUAAGCCUCGCGCGCGCGCAUUUCUUGGGCCUUUCCUUUCCUUAUUGACUUUCAACGCCUCGCCCGACGUUCGGUCCAAAAAGUUGCUGCUGAGGAGCACGUUUGCCGUAUCUUCUGAACCGGAGUUUUGCUGUUUUCUGCACAAAAGUAUCAAUAUCUGAUUUUUUCGGUACGCGUCCACACAGAGCUGCUAUCUAAUUUACUUCAUCGGACUUCUUUUUUUUUGUGUGGUUUUGAUUUUGACAGUGUGCAAUUUUAUCUACACUUGAAGUGAGUUUAUAUUACGAUUGUGAUCGAAACGCAAAAACGCGUUCUGGCGCUAAUUUAAUUCGCCAUACACGUAUCGCAAUUUCGGUAAUGUGUUUUAGUAGCGAUCCGACGAUAAUUAGGUAUCGAAAAAAAGUGGCUCAACUUGUUUAAACAGUGUGAGUGUGGUUUAGUCAGAAGACACCGAAAAAACGCCAGGCGCUUCGAGGAACGCGUUUUUACUAGCGGAAAGCAGUAGAGACUGAGUCGAAAAUUAGCAUCCGAAAAAUAUUGGGCCUUUCCAAGCGUGCCUGCCUAAUAGUUAGUGACGUGUGAAGUUUGCUCAAAAACUGCGUGAUAAACGUCGUCAUCAAAAGCGCCGGCUUACGACGCACAUGUGUUUAUCGACAGCUCAAAAGAUUCAUUCAUAAAAAAGACAACAUCCAUCAAUUGGAUAAUCCAGCUGAAAGUGGGAGCCACCGCUGAGAAAAGAAGCUUGAAAGAUGCCACCACAGAACACAAUUGAGAUGAGUACGAAACCGGACGCUGAAAAUGGCACGAAGAAGGCGCAAAACGGUAACACAAACAAACUCCAGAUGAUGAAGGAGGAACCGCCAACGACUUCGGUAAUCGUUCCGCCGGACGGAGGUUGGGGCUGGUUGGUCAUGAUCGCGUCAUUCCUCUGCAACACUGUGGUCGAUGGUAUCGUGUUCAGCGCCGGAAUGUUUCAGGAUCCCAUCCGGUUGGACUUUGGCGUGGGCAAAGCGGAGGUCGCCCUGGUGAGUUCGUUACUCAGUGGAUUUUACUUGCUGACGGGGCCAUUCGUCAGCGCGCUGGCAAAUCGAUGGGGAUUCCGACCUGUCACGAUUAUGGGAGCAGUGAUAGCAUCUAUCGGCUUCGGCUUAUCUUACUACGGAACCAGUUUGGGCUACUUGUACGUCACGUAUGGCAUAAUCGGUGGCAUUGGAUUCUGUUUCAUUUACGUGCCAUCGGUGAUUACGGUCGGAUAUUACUUUGAGAAAUGGCGUGCACUGGCCACUGGUAUAGCCCUGUGCGGCUCAGGUGUGGGAACCUUUGUGUUUGCGCCAUUGAGCGCCAUGCUUAUCGAAAAGUUUGGAUGGCGAGGUGCUCUGCUGGCUCAAGCAGCAAUCAUUCUGCUGUGCGCACUGUUCGGAUGCAUUUUCCGUCCCAUUCAACCAAUUCAGGUCACCAUCACUAAAGAUGAAGACACGCCAGCUGAAAAGGGAACACUGCUCGGGGAAGGUCUGCCAGUGGUUUAUACAAAACCAUUGCCUGAAGGACGAUUCGCAUAUUCUGUGCCUAACAGCUCGCACAGCACGUGGAUGGGCGUAAGUCCAAAUACUCAAUACCCAACUGCUGCCGAGGUAUUCCGUGGCAGUGGACACAAUCUUGAAAGACGACCAUCGAAUCACUCUGGUUUACUGACGAAUGAAAACAUCCAACAUACGACGAAGAAACUGGAACAGCUGUCAAAGAUUCAGAAGCGACUCUCGGGACAGAUGACUCCCGAAGACACCAUUCACGCUCCGCGGUUCCCACUUCCUCAUCACGAGUUGGUCACUGUAGGAGAAGCAGCCGAAGAGGAGGAAACUGAAAAUGGAACACUAUUGACAGGAGAGGUAAAACCUCAGCCAGUUAUCACCACCCCGUCCACCAGACAGCGCAGCCACACCGUUUCCGGCCGCAGACCUAACGAAUCCGGAUCCCGACAGGGAAGUCGACGAGGAACGCUGACCGACGUUACUCGUCCCAUGUAUCGAGAUGACAUCUUCUUCACCGGAUCGUUAGUACGAAUUCCUCAGUAUCAAUCUCAGACUUCGCUUGGAUACCACAUGUCAGUCACACGUCUACCCACGCAAACCGACGUCGAGGAGAUUGAGGAGCAAUCAUGCAAAAUAUGUCCGGAAGCUGUGAGACGUACGCUGGCCACUAUGCUGGAUAUGACCCUACUGAAAUCGCCAUCGUUUAUGUUGCUAGCCGUCAGUGGAUUCUUCACCAUGAUGGGAUUUUUCGUUCCAUUCAUGUACAUCACUCAGCGAGCCACCACCGGCGGAAUGGAUCAGAAUGUGGCACUGUUCAUCGUGUCUGCUAUCGGUAUUUCCAACACAAUUGCUAGGAUCGUGUGCGGGUUCUUGAGCUCGUUCAAAAGUGUCAAUGCACUCUACAUCAAUAACGUUGCCAUCACCAUGGGAGGAAUUGCCACCAUGCUCAGUGGAUUGUAUAUCACGGAGGCCUUCCAGUUCACUUAUGCGGGAAUAUUUGGAAUUGCUAUUGCAUGCUUCUCCGCUCUUCGUUCGAUUCUGGUAGUGGAUCUGAUGGGUUUGGAAAAACUCACCAACGCGUUCGGAAUCCUUUGCUUGUUCCAAGGAAUGGCAGCUGCUAUUGGUGCACCCAUUGCAGGUUUUUUCACUGACUUGACGGGAAGCUACAACGUGUCGUUCUACAUCAGUGGUGCGUUGAUUACGAUCUCGGCCGUGCUGUGUUACCCAUUGAACAUGGUUAGCAAAUGGGAGAAGAAACGAGCUCUAAACAAGAAACCAGGAACAGUGUAGAAACCUUCGAGCGUAGAAACGGAGUUCAGCCAGAACAGCUGAUGUCUGAAGUACUUACCGAAUAGAACAAGAAUAUCAUCUUUUUUUCCAAUCCAGAAGAGCACAUACCACAAACGAUUACAAAAAAAAACUCCAGGCAGAGUUACGCAGAUACCCAUUGAAUUGAAGUUUUUUUAAUAUUGUAAAAAACACUUACACACGCACACACUUUCACUACUAUGAAGCUGUCGCAUAAAGUUUAACAUUAAAAGUACAUUCUAGGUUAGAACUAAGGUAAGGUGCUAUUCCAUCCGCGCACUGAAAACAAAUGAGACUCAUGCUUUGUGUCUGUCAAGCAGAAGUGCAGAACAUAUUAUAGUUUGAGAUUUUCCUAUUUAUUUUUUUUUUUAUCAAAACGAAUCAGUACCCUGCGCUUAAAAAGUAAUAUCCAAACAAGUGCCAUACGUAUGGAUGGCGUGUUGCAUGCAAAUGAUUCAUAUAUUUACAAGUAUAAGACUUCAGUGUUAGCUUUUUGUUACAUGAUUACCUUUGGAGAAAUUGCUUUUACAUAGCUUUUGGAUGAGUUCCUAUCCCAUAUAAACGAUCAUCAGGAAAAGAAUUGGUUUGAAAAAUGUUUGAUUGGACAAUGAAAAAAAACGCUUAAGCCAAACACUUUAGAAAACUACCGAAGAUGUCGAAAAGCUGAAUGUUGCCAACGUGGUUUUUUUCUGGAAUACAAACAGAUAUUUUCCCGUGUAUAUUUUAUUACAAAAUUGUUAUGAAAAACCUUGUACGCUGUACAAUUUUUUACUAUUAACUUACGCCAUUCUCUGUUCCUUAAACAAAAGUAUCUAUAAUACGAAACAUCUGGAAAAAAUAGUGAAAAAGCUAAAAAAACAAUUGUUCUAUAAUAAUAUUGUGAACUCAACAGUUGAGCAUUCUUUUAGAUUUUCGACAUAUUCGGUACAGCCAACCACAAAACCGUUAAAAACGCACAAAACCGACUGCCUGUUUCUGAAUCAGGGCAUAGAAUUUACUGUGAUGCCAACGCAUAUAGGAAAUAAUAAAUUAUGUUUGUUGAUAUUAAUGGGAGGAAGGGGGAUUCUGCCCCUAAAUAUAAGCAUAAAAUUCUCAUCACAAACAUUACGACUCGAAAUAAGUUCCAGCUCAACAGAAUCAGAAUGCAGUUUCUGUCCCGUGUUAUUCCUUAUUUUACAUAACGUGCAAUGUCUUGAAAAAAAAACACAGCUCAGUGAAUUUUUACUCGUCCUCAAUAUAACCUAGAAACAGCUAGCCCCAGAACAAUAGAGAAGUACACUGAUUUGAGUGCCCUUGAGCCAUUCCCGCAUUAAAACACUACGAUGUUUCCUGGACUAAUGCCAUAGAAGCCAGUUGUAUUUGAUUUGCAUCCAGUAGACUCUAUUUUAAUUGAUUAAGCAAUUGCCGGAAGCUGCCGGCCACCAUGUAGAUGGUCCAUUGGAUGGUCUGAUCGAAUCACUACCUACACGAAAUACUACGAGAAAGCAAUAGUAUGUCCGACUGAACGAGAUUCAAAGACACCCUUUUUCUAUAGAAUAUAUAAACUUUAAGAUGUGAGUGAAGCUAAGUUUUACACUUCCGACGUAUUUUGGCAUUAAAAUAUAUGUUUAUAGUUUUAUUACAUUUUUUCUAAUAAAUUGACACAAAACCGCA